AUGGCCAAGACCUUUACCAAAGACGAUGUCGCGUCGCAUAGCAAGGGCGACAGCCCAUGGGUGAUUAUUGACGAAGACGUCUAUGAUGUAUCCAAGUUCCAAGACGAACACCCUGGUGGAAAGAAAAUCCUCCAACGAGUUGCCGGAAAAGAUGCCUCGAAACAAUUCUGGAAAUACCACAACGAAGGGAUCUUGAAGAAAUACAAAGCUCAGCUACAGAUCGGUUCCUUGGACACGAAGAAGGCCGCGGUACCACCACCAGCUCCCGAGCCAGCUCCCGCAAAGUCAGAGUCUGCACCAGCUGCUGUUCCCACCGACUAUACACCCCCUGCUACCGGUGCUCCACAAGAUCCUUACGGAGAUCUCAUUCCCUUCGCCGACCCAUCAUGGUACCAGGGUUAUGCCUCACCCUACUUUAACGAUUCACACGCCGCGUUGCGGGACGAAGUCCGCUCAUGGGUUGAAUCCGAGAUCGAGCCGUACGUGACUGAAUGGGACGAGGCAAAGGAAGUUCCACCGCAUAUUUACAAGCAGAUGGGUGAGCGCGGAUACCUGGCCGGUCUUUUGGGCGUGCACUACCCGGUCAACCACACCGCGCACCGGGUGAAGUCCGUUCCCCCCGAGCGGUACGAUCUCUUCCACGAGAUGCUCUUGACAGAUGAGCUUUCGCGCGCCGGUAGCGGUGGACUAGUCUGGAACCUGGUGGGUGGAUUCGGUAUCGGGUGUCCGCCGCUUGUGAAAUUCGGCAAGAAGGCACUCGUUGAUCGAAUCCUGCCUGGUAUCCUGAACGGCGACAAGCGCAUUUGUCUGGCGAUCACUGAGCCAGAUGCGGGUAGUGAUGUUGCCAAUCUGGGGUGCGAGGCUAAGCUCACCGAGGAUGGAAAGCACUACAUCGUCAACGGUGAGAAGAAGUGGAUCACGAACGGUGUGUACGCGGACUACUUUACGACCGCUGUGCGAACGGGUAAGGACGGUAUGAACGGUCUUAGCGUGCUUCUCAUCGAGCGUGAAGCCGGUGGCGUCAGCACCCGGAAAAUGGACUGCCAGGGAGUUUGGUCCUCUGGCACCACAUAUGUCACUUUUGAGGACGUCAAGGUCCCCGUUGAGAACCUGAUUGGCAAGGAGAACCAGGGCUUCAAGGUUAUCAUGACGAACUUCAACCAUGAGCGCAUUGGUAUUGUCAUUCAGUGUGCGCGCUUCUCUCGCGUCUGUUAUGAAGAGUCCAUGAAAUAUGCCCACAAGCGCAAGACAUUCGGCAAGCGCCUGAUUGAUCACCCAGUGAUCAGAAUGAAACUGGCACAUAUGGCGAGACAGAUCGAAGCGACAUACAACUGGCUCGAAAACAUGAUCUUCCAAUGCCAGUGCAUGGAAGAGACGGAAGCGAUGCUCAAGCUCGGUGGUGCGAUUGCUGGACUGAAGGCCCAAUCUACACAGUGCUUCGAGUUCUGCGCUCGCGAGGCCAGUCAGAUCUUUGGUGGUCUCAGUUACAGCCGUGGCGGACAGGGUGCCAAGAUUGAGAGACUGUACCGUGAUGUGCGCGCCUAUGCCAUCCCCGGUGGCAGUGAGGAGAUCAUGCUGGAUCUCAGCAUGCGCCAGAGUCUGCGUGUUCACGGAAUGUUUGGCAUGAAGCUUUAG